ACUACUAUCCAAGCAAUGAAAAAAGGAGCCUGCCUAGAAAGCAAGUGGGAUUUUACGUGGCCAGAAGGAUCUAAUGUAACACUGAAUCUUGAUGAAAGGAGCCUGUGGUAUUACAGUCCACUUUGCAAACACAUCGAAGUUUGUCCGUUGUGAAAUUGGAUCCAUAAAGAACAAGAUCUGGGAUUGUUAUAGCUGCAUAUAAGAUCUGAACCAAAAAUGGCCACUGUAGAUCCAUUUCAACACAUUACAGUGGAACACCAGUAUUCACACAAAUUAACUGUGACGGUAUUGAAAGCCACAAAUGUUACAAAAGGGGCUUUUGGGGAUAUGCUUGACACGCCAGAUCCAUAUGUAGAGUUGUUCAUUCCCUCCGCCCCGGACUGCAGAAAGAGAACAAAACACUUCAAUAACAAUGUGAACCCUGUGUGGAAUGAGACCUUUGAGUUUAUUUUGGACCCCAACCAGGAAAACGUUCUGGAGAUUACAUUAAUGGAUGCUAACUACGUCAUGGAUGAGACGCUUGGCACGUCAACGUUUCUUGUAUCCUCUCUGAAACUGGGGGAGAAGAAAGUGCUUCCAUUUACUUUUAAUGAAGUCACAGAAAUGACUUUGGAAUUGUUUCUUGAAGUCUGUUCUUCAACUGAUCUCCGGUUCAGUAUGGCUCUGUGCGAUGAGGAGAAAAAAUUUCGACAGCAGCGGAAGGAGAAAAUCAUGCACAAAAUGAAAAACCUCCUAGGAGCAGAAAACAGCAAGAACUUGACUUCUUCCCGUGAUGUGCCAGUGAUAGCGGUAUUGGGUUCAGGUGGUGGAUUUCGUGCCAUGGUUGGGUUUUCUGGAGUUAUGAAAGCACUCUACGAAUCAGGAAUUUUAGACUGUGCAACAUAUAUUGCUGGUCUGUCUGGAUCUACAUGGUACAUGUCAACUUUGUAUUCUCAUCCAGAUUUCCCAAGAAAAGGACCAAAGGAGAUUAAUAAAGAAUUGAUGAACAGUGUCAGUCAUAACCCACUUCUGCUGCUCACCCCUCAGAAAGUCAAACGCUACAUUGAAGCAUUAUGGAAUAAGAAACGUUUUGGGCAGCCUGUGACGUUCACUGAUAUCUUCGGAAUGUUGAUAGGGGAAACGCUUAUCCACAAUAGGAUGAACACUACUCUGAGCAAAAUGAAAGAGAAGAUCAAUGAGGCACAAUGUGCUUUGCCACUCUUUACUUGCCUUCAUGUCAAACCUGACGUGUCAGAACUUAUGUUUGCAGAUUGGGUGGAAUUCAGUCCGUAUGAGAUUGGUAUGGCGAAGUAUGGCACAUUUAUGCCUCCUGAUUUGUUUGGAAGUAAAUUUUUUAUGGGAACAGUGGUGAAAAAGCAUGAAGAAAACCCCCUGCACUUUUUAAUGGGUGUCUGGGGCAGUGCAUUUUCUAUCUUAUUCAACAGAGUACUUGGAGUUUCCAAUUCUCAUAACAAAGGUCCCACCAUGGAAGAAGAAUUAGAAAAUAUUCGGCUAAAGCAUCUUGUGGGCAAUGAUAGUUCAGACAGUGAAGAUGAAUCACAGGCACCAAAAGGCUCUGAAAAUCCUGAGGCUGAAAACGAACUUCAAAAUAGCAACCAGGAAAGUUGGGUCCAACGCAUGCUGAUGGCCUUGGUGGGCGAUAGUUCCCUUUUCAACACCAGAGAAGGACGUGCUGGAAAAGUACACAACUUCAUGCUGGGCUUGAACCUCAACACCUGUUACCCGCUCUCCCCUCUAUCAGGCCUAGGGACUCAGGAAUCUAUGGAGGAGGAUGAAAUGGAUGCAGCAGUUGCAGAUCCCGAUGAGUUUGAGAGGAUAUAUGAGCCACUAGAUGUGAAGAGCAAAAAGAUUCAUAUAGUGGAUAGUGGGCUCACCUUUAAUCUGCCGUAUCCCCUUAUCUUAAGACCUCAGCGAGGCGUUGAUCUCAUCAUCUCCUUUGAUUUCUCUGCGAGGCCAAGUGACUCCAGUCCUCCUUUCAAAGAAAUUUUGCUUGCUGAAAAAUGGGCCAAAAUGAACAACCUUCCUUUUCCAAAAAUAGAUCCACAUGUGUUUGAUCGAGAGGGCCUGAAGGAGUGCUAUGUUUUCAAACCAAAGAAUACUGCUACAGAGAAUGACUGUCCGACAAUCAUCCAUUUUGUUCUGGCAAACAUCAACUUCCGGGAAUAUAAAGCUCCAGGUGUUCCAAGACAAACUCAGGAGGAGAAGGACUUUGCUGACUUCGAUAUUUUUGAUGAUCCUAAUACACCAUUCUCAACCUUCAACUUCCAAUAUUCCAAUGAAGCUUUCAAAAGGCUUCACGACCUAAUGGAGUUCAACACUCUGAAUAAUUUAGAUGUGAUCAAGCAAGCAGUGGUGGAGAGCAUUGACUACAGAAGACAGAAUCCAUCCCGCUGUUCUGUGUCCCUCAGCAAUAUUGAGGCAAGGAAAUACUUUAACAAGAACUCUUCUAGCAGUAACCAUACAUAGGAUAUGCACUGCAGGUGCCACUCCUUCAGGAAAUUUGCUAAAUCAGUGUCACUGGAUCGCAAGACGUUGCAACGUAUCAUUGCUCAGGUGAAGGAGCCAUGCAAAACUGACAUUGUGAAAUGUCAUGAUUCACUGUGAUUUGUAUUCUUUUGCAUUUUUUGGUUUGCAGCUACAAACACUUACAAAGCUCCAA